GGGCUCGAGGAGCCUCACGAGCCCAUAGUCACCGUCACGUCUACUUCCGCGGUAAAUCGUUAACAAUGGACGAAGUCCUGUCCCUUAAAGAGUCCGUCCUCUUCUACCUCGACAGGAGCGGUGGCCUCCAAAAACUGGUCGAGGACUGCGAGCCCUUUAACGGCCCUCAGCAGAGCGAGGCGGUCUACCGGUUCUGCGUGUCUGUGAACCCAUCGGAUGUGAUGGAGCUGGAUCCUCUGCUGGGGGACCGGGUCCUCCACGACCCGCUGACAGCCACAAGCCUGUUCAGAUCCGUUUGCUUCAUUUCAAUAAAAACCCUUUCUCUGAUUGAACAAAUACACACUGAGAACCAGGUGAAUAUUAUUCUGAAACUGACGCAUCUGCCGCCGUUCCCGGAGUACACCCUGGACCUGAGUGCGGCCCCCCGGAGCUACGGCCUCACGCGGCCCUUCGCCAUGGAGGGCCUGGUCAUCGCCAUGACGAGGACCACCCAGUACACGCAGGGGGCCCGCUUCCUCUGCAGCGACGACGACUGCCCCUGCUCCACAGGCUACACCCACAUCAGGGUGCACCGGCCCGGGGCCACGGAGGCGGCCACCGUGAGGAGGGACUUCAGCUGCCUGGUCUGUGGGGCCCCCCUGAAGGAGGACCUCAAGUUCAGGGUGCUGGGGGAUAAGCAGCUGGUGGAGUUGAUCCACGUGGGGGUGCUGGACGUCCUCAACGUCCACCCUCAGAGGUCCCUCCGCUACCAGUCCGUCACGCUGUUCCUCAGAGACGAGCUGUGUCACUCCAUGGAGCUGGGCCGGCUCUACCGGGUGCUGGGCAUUCCUGCGCUGGUGCACCAGUGGCCCGGCCUCACCUGGAGCGUGGAGGCCAGCAGUGUGCAGCCCUGCGAGCCCGUCUACCCCCACACGGUGAGCGGUGACCUCCAGGCUCUGCUGAAGGCCACGGCCGGCUCUCCCUGGAGGUUCCCCGGCCUGCUGGCCCACUCCUUCGGCUCGGAGGUGGUUCCCCCAGGCCGGUAUGACACCCUGAAGCUGGCCCUGCUCCUCAGCCUGGUCCAGACCACCCCCGAGACGGCCGAGGCCUUCCACAGCCUGGACCUGUUGGCCCUGGCCAGCGACACGCUGGUCAUAGACCGGCUGAUGGCCUACAGCUUGAGCCUGGCUGUCCGGGGGGUCCGGCACCAGGCCCAGGGGGAGAUGUUCGCCUCGCUCUCCAGGGACGAGCACGGCGCCGGCACCGCCAACGUCCAUGCGGGCUCCGCCCUGCUGGCCAGCGGGGGGGUUUGCAUGCUGGGGGACCUGGGGGGCUUCCGCAAGGACAAGCUGGACGCCAUCCAGUCAGUCCUGGAGAGCCGUGCGGUGGCGGUCUUCGUCCCGGGGCGGCGGUACGGCGAGGAGGCCGACCAGCAGCUCUCCUUCCCGGUGCGCUGCAGCUUCUGGGCCCUGGCCGACGCCUCGGAGGUGCUGCUGCGGAGGUCCGGGCCCCGGGGCCACAGCGCGCUGCUGGGGGCCACGGAGAUGGGUCCGAAGCCCAGCCAGCUGGCCGAGUCCUUCGGCCUGGUCCUCCGCUGCCCCGACCCCCUGGGGGAUCCGGGCGUGCUGGCCCAGGCCGCCCACACCCUCAGCCAGGCCCUCCCCCCCGGGGGGGAACCCCUGUACCCCACCGCCAUCCAGCUCCCCUUCCAGGACUACAAGGAGUUUCUGGCCCACGCCCGGGGUCUGAGAGGGGAGCUGAGCUCCGGAGCAGAGAAGAUGAUCCACGGGUACUACAUGGCCAGCCGCAGGGUCCGCUGCGACCAGAACCACGGUGUCAAGGUGUCCGUGGCCUCCGUCAAACUGAUGAUCACCCUGGCGGAGGCCCACUGUAAGCUGUGUCUGAGGACCACCGUGGAGGAGGAGGACGCCCUCAUCGCGGUCCUCCUGUGUGAGAACUCCAUCACCCUACAGCACGGGGCCUCGGUACUCGUUAUCCCCCCCGACCCUGCGUUCCCCUGUGACCUGGGCGGGGGGGUGGGGGCCCUGCUCCAACGAGACCUGCUGCUGGAGGACCUCCGUCAGGCCGUGCUGCGCUUCAUCUACGCCUACGCCCCGGGGGCGGCCGCCUACAUCGCCGAGGAGUGACCUCCGACCCCCGGGCAGCGGCGGGAAGGAAAAAUAUCUUCCAACAUAGACUUGGAUCACUCAACCAGAAGAAACUAUACGGCCUCAGUUUCGCAGAAUGAUAUAAAAGCUUAUGAAUCCAUUUGUCACUAUGUAGUUCUCAGGGCUCACCUGUAGCUCUGCAUUGGGUUCCUCGUCACCACACCCAUCUGGCCUUCACAGGAUCCACUAAAGCAGAAAGGAAUGAAAUGUACAUUUAAAUAAAGAAUUUAUGAUUGCU